AUGGCGAUGAGCGGCAAGCCUGUGUGCGAUGUGGAGGAGCAGACCAGCAGCCUGGCAGCCACCAUCUCUGCCCUGACCAUCGACGACACGGGCCACAGUAACGGGGUGAAGAACCAAGGCAGGAGGACCCAGCCUGCUCGGCCCAACCUCAGCGGCAGGAAGCUGUCACUGCAGGAGAGGGGCACGUACCACCCCCCACACACCUCCCCCCGCCUGGCCCGCAAACCCACUGUGGAGUCCAAGAGAGUGUCCAUAUCAGACGCACAGGACUGCAUCCAGCUCAACCAGUACAAGCUAAAGAGUGAGAUUGGAAAGGGUUCCUAUGGUGUGGUCAAACUCGCGUACAAUGAAGAUGAUGAAAAGCAUUAUGCAAUGAAGCUGGUGUCCAAGAAGAGACUCAUGAAACAAUGUGGAUUUCCUCGUCGACCGCCUCCACGUGGACCCAAGGCACAACAGGGAGAGCAGCCCAAGAUCUUAGGACCUCUGGAACGGGUUUACCAAGAAAUUGCUAUUCUGAAAAAGCUGGAUCAUGUCAACAUAGUCAAACUGGUGGAGGUGCUAGAUGACCCUGCUGAGGAUAACCUCCACAUGGUGUUCGAAUUGAUGCCAAAGGGACCAGUGAUGGAGGUUCCCAAUGACAAGCCCCUGUCUGAGGAGCAGGCUCAUCGGUAUUUCAGAGACGUCAUCCUUGGCAUCGAGUACUUGCACUACCAGAGGAUUGUCCAUCGAGACAUCAAGCCUUCUAACUUACUGCUGGGAGAUGACGGCCACGUGAAAAUUGCAGACUUCGGCGUGAGUAACCAGUUCGAGGGUAAUGAUGCCUUGCUGUCUGGCACCGCUGGAACUCCGGCCUUCAUGGCACCAGAGACUCUCUCGGACCAACGUAAAAGCUUCAGCGGAAAAGCACUGGACGUAUGGGCCAUGGGAGUCACUCUGUAUUGUUUUGUCUACGGAAAGUGCCCGUUUAUUGAUGACUACAUAUUGGCUUUGCACAAUAAGAUAAGAACCAAACCUGUAGAGUUCCAAGAAUCACCUGAACUCAGUGAGGAGCUGCGGACUCUGAUCUUGCGGAUGUUGGACAAGAACCCUGACACUAGAAUCACUCUUCCUGAAAUUAAGAUGGAUCAGUGGGUGACCCGCAGUGGGACUGAACCACUGCCUUUGGAGGAGGAGCAUUGUACUGUGGUGGAGGUGACGGAGGAAGACAUCCAGAACUCUGUCAAGUUUGUGCCCAGCCUCUCUGCGAUGAUUUUGGUGAAGGCAAUGCUAAGGAAGCGCUCGUUCAGUAAUCCGUUUGAGUGUCCAAGCAGACGAGAAGAGCGGUCGAUGUCCGCACCUGGGAGCCUUCUCAUGGAUUCAUGGCCUUUCCGGCCAUCUUUAAAACUGCACCCUUCAUUAAGAAAGACCAGUACGGGAGACGGCCCUCGAGAAGGGGAGCUGGAGGACCUUCAUGAAGACGAACCUUCGUCUUGA